AUGUUCGCUCAACCAUUUGAUCAUUCAUUCAAUGAUUUGUUCAGUCAGUACGUCAACAUGGAUACGUCAAGCACGGACGCCAACAAAGAUGUUCCGUUUCCCAGCGAAUUCGACCAGCUGUUCCCACUUGACUCAUUCUCAACCGACUGUGGCAACCAGUCUCCCAUUGUUUCCGGCACACAGCACACCCAUCAGUCAGCACAGGACUGGGGCAAGGACCUUUGGUCUCUAUCGCAAAAUACUGGCUGUUCUACGGACCAAGACAACCUCGCUUUUCAGAAUCACACCCAAGAACCGGGCGUCCUAGAUUUAAACGCUGACGCCCCUUCAACUGGACAUUCUCGCACUUCUGUACCCCGCUCGACACCCUCUACUCCUCCUGCCACUCCUGGGUCCAAAGCCAAGGGAGGUCUAGUGACCCCAAAGACUAUCCGGCGGCACCGAGACUCUAAUGAUCGCCGCGGUUUACUGCGCAAACAAAGCUUCUCCCCGAGCUUGAUGCGCUCUUCCCUUCAAAAAGGCAGUGGUAGGAUGACUUAUCCUGAAGGCUGGACUCAGAAACUGCAAAAUUUUGCCCUCCGCAACUCGGAUGAGUGCUUUCCAUUAUCGCCACCUCCAUCCGACAUCCUUGUUCAACAAGAAAACUUCUCUAAGCACGCACCUGCGCAAAUGAAUCCCCCAUCGGAAGGAUUUCGAGGGUCGACAGAGCUGCCGCAGCAGCAGUUUGAUUCUGGCUAUAUAACUCAGUCCCCUGCUAUCCCUGUGCCUUCGCCAUCUGCGAACACUUUAACAGGUCAGCAGCAGAAGUAUUUAAGCCAGACAAAUACAUCUGCAUUAACCCCAAGCCCUCCAUCGGCCAGUGACUUCUUCUCAUCGCCACAUUCCUCAGAUCCUCAAUCGAUGUCUUCGUGGAAUUCCGAUUCCCUUGCUACAUCAGCAUUCCAAUUCACCCCCGAACUCCAGGGCAACGAUCCUCAGACAUGGUGGUCGCCUAUGCAUUCUGAGGUGGCACAACGCCAAACUUCGUAUCAGCAGAUGAUUGCAUCUCCGGCCCCGCAACGGCCGAUUCAAGCAUCUGCCAACCACAAUGAUCUCCUGCAAGGGGGUCUUAUGAUCCAAAUGGAUCCUACGUCCUUUGAUAUACCCUCUUCUUUCCCUCCCUCUACAAUACCAUCCACCACAGCCACUCAGGAUGAUCACUCCUACAGCCUCGAUGGGCAUAUCCCCCAAAAAUAUGUUGACUCGACCUCCUUCACCACGCCGAUCAUCCCCAAUCCAUCAAGGUCGCCCUCGGUAUCCCCUAAAACGAAUUCCUCGCCGAAGAACAGGAAUGGAAUGGUGAUGAAGAAUACUCCCCGCCGCCCUCAUGGCCGGAAGCUGUCCGGUCAAUCCCCUGGACCUCGGCCAGCCAGAGCCCCUAACGGUCUAUCUACGAGCCCGAAGGGCAACAAAUCAGUCACGGUGUCAUUCGUCAACUUCACGGCCAAUGACAGCAAAAGGAUCCUUACCGGGGUCGCCCCAAGCGGCAGCUCCAAGACAAAGGCAAGAAGAGAGCAGGAAGCCCGCGAUCGACGCCGCAAGCUCAGUGAGGCUGCGCUGCAGGCGGUGCGAAGAGCGGGCGGAGACGUUGAAGCUCUCGAAGCUGUGUUUUGCUAA